UUGAAUUAAAAUCCAUUAUUUCUCUUCCAUUCCGCAGUUAUUUUUUUUAGCAGAACUGGGUUUUUCAUUGGAGUUCAAAGUCAAAUUAACUGCGAAUUUAAGCAAUGUUGGACGAAAGUCAGUUCGAUGUAAAUCUCAAAUUGUUAGCACUUCGAAUCCCUCGCGAGCUCUGCACGAAAGCCACUCGUUUGCUUAAUGGAUACUUGCUGGAAAAGCCUCGUGUUAAACCUAUAACUGAAGAUCCAACAAGUGAGAAGACCCGUUACGUGAUUUUAUCUGAGAUAGUUCAGAAUCCUGAUUUAUCCGAUAUUCAAAGCCAAAUACUUGAUGAACUCAAGAAGUUAUGUGAGAUUGAAGUUGUUCCUUAUUCAUUGACACUCGGAUAUUCCUAUUGGACUGCUGAUCAUAUAUUGAAGCAGAUUCUGCCUCCUGGGGUAGAGGUACCUUCAUCUUUCGAAACAAUAGGUCAUGUUGCACAUCUAAAUAUACACGAUGAAUUACUUCCUUUCAAAGAAGUGAUUGCAAAAGUCAUUUAUGAUAAAAAUUACCCAAGAAUUAAAACAGUAGUUAAUAAAGUUGGAACAAUCACAAAUGAGUUUCGAGUGCCAAAAUUUGAAAUUUUGGCAGGUGAAAGUGAUAUGGUUACCGAAGUGAAGCAAUAUGGUGCAACAUUCAAGCUAGAUUACAGCUUGGUUUAUUGGAAUUCAAGAUUGGAACAUGAACACAUAAGGCUUGUGUCUCUGUUCCGUCCAGGGGAGACAAUUUGUGACAUGUUUGCUGGUAUUGGACCAUUUGCAAUUCCAGCAGCACUGAAAGGAUGCUUAGUGUAUGCAAAUGACUUAAAUCCUGACAGCAUUCACUAUUUGAAGAUCAAUGCCAAAAUCAAUAAGGUUGAUGAUUGUGUUGUUGCAUACAAUAUGGAUGCUAGGAAAUUCAUUGCCCAAUUGAUGGCAGUACCGGUUUGUGAAUCUAAUUUACAAUCUGAUAAUUCCAUGGUCAAAGCUUGUGACACUUGCACCGUAAAAGAUAUUGAUGAUGCAAAGGAAGAAGGCACAAAGCUUGAUGUUAGGGAGAAAGAAGUAACUGGUACUGAUGUCAAAAAUGAAGUGGAAGAUGUGCAAAAUUCUUAUAAGACUGUGGAUAGUUCUGUAGUUGCAGGUAAAAGACCUCCAGAUUGUUUCAUAGAAGAGAGUGGAAAUGUCAACAGUGGUCAUAAGAAAAAAGGAAAUGCGCAUAAGAGGAUGAAAGCCUCUACUCUGCCUAAAACUAAGUCCUGGGAGCAUGUUGACCAUGUUAUUAUGAAUCUUCCUGCUUCCGCUUUACAGUUUCUAGAUGCUUUCAGAGCUAUCAUCUCAAGGAAGAACUGGCAAGGACUGCUUCCAUUGGUUCAUUGCUAUUGCUUCAUACGAGCAAAUGAAACCACAGAAUCAAUAAUAUCAGAGGCAGAGUCUGCCCUAAAUGCCAAAAUAAAAGAUCCAGUAUUUCAUAGGGUUAGGGAUGUUGCUCCGAACAAGGCAAUGUUUUGCUUAAGCUUUAGGCUGCCAGAAGCAUGCUUUAUUGAAGACAUCGUUGACUCUACAUGUCAUGCCACUGGUGGGUUAUGAGUUAUGACCCAAAGACAUCCAAUUUUUGAGCACUUGAACUUUUGUUGUAACUUGUAAGACACCAGAUUUCGUCCAUCACCAGACUUCACCGAUUUGACAUUAAAAAUGUAGUGUUAGUAUUGGCUGGGGGAAAAACCGAUUCACAAAAUUUGCCCUUUUAUUAUUGAAAAACAAGUAGCUUGCAGAUAAAGAAAGGGUUAAGAUUCGGACAUUCAAUUUGUUGGAUGGUCAUACUUUUAGGUGUAAUUGUAUGAAUCAAUUGGAUCAAAGUUUCGAAUUCACAAGUUUAUUCAU